AUGCGUGCCAUAGGAGGCGGUGGGGAUGUUCCAUUCCUAUCGUACGUUUCCAAUUCCAAGUGCAUAUUUGUUGGGGCAAGCGUAGUCUUGACGACGAGGUUGUUUGCGAGCUCUUGUAUUGUGCAGUAUGAGAACUUCUGUACGGGAUCGAGUAUUGAUGAAGAGAUUAGUGCCACCGAGUUUGAAGAGCAUGCAGGGUAUGGUCAUCGAAGAAAGCCGUACACAAACAUAUGCACGUCAAAAAAUGAAUCCCUCGAGGAACUUUCUUCAAGGCUUCAAGCUGCACAGAUGAUAGCAGGCAGUGCUUUGUGCAGCAAAUGUCAUGAUGGCGGAGAAUUAUUGCUCUGCAAAGAAUGCCGGCGUAGUUUUCACACAGAAUGUGUCCAUCUCUCCUCUACUAAAGACAACAAACAAAUUUGCGAAUAUUGCGAAGACAUGUUGAGAGAGAAAGAGGAUACCACGGAUGAUGCUCAAGCACCCCUUCCCAAGGCUCAAUCCACAGAGGUAUCGACGCCGAGCAGCAGUGGUAGCGAUGAACAUUGCGAAGACGACAUCUAUAAAUGCUUCAUUUGCAGGACUAACUCUUUUUCCAAGAAUAUCUUCGAUGACCACACAAUUAUGAUAUGCGAACAGUGUGAGAGAGAAUUUCACGUAGGAUGUUUGAGACAGGAAGAGAUGGAUGAUUUAAGGGCAUUGCCCGAAGAUGAAUGGUUCUGUUGUGCAGAAUGCAAAAGGAUUCAUUCAACUCUUCAGAAGUUUGUCUCCAAUUGUGAUAUGGAACUUCCCGAAACUGUUGUGGAGAUUUUGAAGAAGAAAGUUAAGGGAAAAGCUUCAAAGCAGAGCCCAAAUUAUUCCAAUAUGAAGUGGAGAAUCUUGAAACCUGAUUCGAAUUCUGAAGACAAUAGGGCAUGGCUUUCUACUGUCAAAACAAUCUUAGAGCACCAGUUUCCUGAUCUUAAACUCUCAAAAGUCGACGUCUCCCCUGGAGAAUUGCUUAUUCAUCCGAUGGUUUUCGGGGAAAAAAUCGACUGGCAUGACUUUUUUGGAAUGCACUCGGCAGCAUUAAUGAUCAAGUCGGAAAUUGUGUGUGUUGCAAUAUUCCGAGUGUUUGGGGAGGAAGUCGCCGAGCUUCCACUAGUUGCAACCGCAAAGGGCAAUAAGAAGAAGGGAUACGGAAGGACACUCCUCUUAUGUAUUGAGCAUCUGUUAUCGAUUUUAAAAGUGAAAAUUCUAAUUCUUCCAUCCGCCAAGUCUACUAAAGAUAUAUGGAUAAAAAAAUUUGGGUUCGAGAUACUCACGAAAGAACAGCUCGAGAGAUACACAGACGAUUAUCAGAAAAUUAUGCCAUUCAAGGAAACAACGCUUGAGAAAUACACAGACGAUUAUCAAAAAAUUAUGCCAUUCGACGGCACAACAGUCCUUCACAAACACAUCCACAAAUCUUGA